AUGGAAAACAACAGGAACACCGGAAACGCCGGAGCCCCACCGCAAGAAAUGCCGACGUGGUUCGUUCGUUGGUUAAACUCCCAACAACCAAGGAAUGUGCCAAACUUCGCGGCGCCAUCGACGUCGACAGCGGUUCAAAGACCGCAAGCCAUCCUUCAGGUACGUCCAAGUACCAGCGCCGCCGCUGAUGUCGAUGGUUGGCAAGUCACUCCACUACCUAGCGACGGGACGACUUCGCCAGAACCCGACCCGGAAAUUCCGGUAGCUCCGGAACCAGCCCCUCUUGCGAGCCCUCUUGUGCAAGAGCCGGGAAGUUCGACCACAUCAGCGACUUCGGGAGCAGUGAUGGCCUCACCACCUAUGCCAAUCACAACAGACAAUGUGGCCGCAAUUUCCGGAGUACUCCGGAGCUUGCUGGAUCGCCCACUUCCAGCUCCUGAACGACCAUCUUUCGAAGGCCUGAAAAGGCAAAAUCCGGUGAAAUUCUUACGAGCCAUUGAAGAAUAUGGACGUUUUUUCGGGCUCGACUCGCAGCGUCUUUUGGGAGUCGCCAUGGAUUGCUUGAAAGGCAAUGCCAAACAUUGGACGGGAAUAUUCCAGAAGAAGUGGCGUGGUUACGAGGACUUUCGACGGGACUUUCUCCGGACCUACUGGUCGGCCAAGCGUCAACGGGACAUCAGAUUUCAAAUCGCUACAGGCCGCUAUGACGAAACCAGGGGCACGAUGCUGUCGCAUUUUGCUUAUUACGUCGACAUGGCGAACAUGUUAACAACACCUUUAUCGGAGGAAGUGUUGCUGGAUGAAUUACUGCGUCACUUCCCCGAAAGAAUACAGUCGUGGUGGGUAUUAGAGAAAAUCUGUACCACCACGGAUGCCGCCGAAUUCCUGGCAGCUCAAGAAAUUCCGGGACAAAAUCCGGGAGAGAAAACCAACAUCGCUCCCAGGGAACGACCCCGCGCAACAGACCACCAGCGGCGUAACGAGCCAAAGCGCCCGCGGCCAAACAUUGACCACCACGAAGUAACUCGUCCUGCGGCUCCUGCAAAUCGUGGAAAUGGUUUCCCAAAACGCUCAAGUGACGAACAACAAUGGCGCAACAACCAACCCAGCACCAGCAACAACCGUUGGCACAAUAACAACGGAAACAACAGCAACAAUCACUGGCGCAAAAACAACCCCAACGACAACCGCAACAACACAAGUUCGAGAGCGCAGGGUGAAACAUCACGAAACUCCAAGAAUUCGGGAAACGGGGGCGGAGUACAGGACGGGGCCUAA